AUGGCGUGGGCGAACAGCAGCGGCCUCUCCUUCGCGGAGGCGCUGCGCAGGUCGACCAUGCAGCUCACCGACGAGGAGAUCAUCUCUCAGGCGGUCGGCAAGGCCAUCGAGAAGGUCGUCGCGGCGUUGGAUGGUCCGUCUUCUACGACCACGGCUUCGCGGCCCGUUCGCGUCGAGUCCGCGCAGCAGGCGAUCACCAAGUCGACGUCCUCCACGGAAACGAUCGGCUCGUCGCGCUCAGCUGGCUCGUCGCACGGCUUCGGCUCGGCCAUCGACACCUGGGUCGCUGCUGGGUUCGUGGUCCGCAAGGCGCCGCCCAAGGCCCCUGCCGCGCCCGCCGCUCCGCCCGCGACCACCGUCGAGGACCCCGUGACCACGCGCGCCGGCCCUUCGCUGCCUCCCGCGCCCGUGGAGCCCGACACCGUUGCUGGCAAGGAGCCCACCUUGGGUCCGCUGUGCGACGCGGACGAAGCCGCAGACGCCGACCUGGCCGCCGCGCUCGAGGCCUCCUGCGCCGCUGAGCCCGAAGAGUCCCCCGCGGGCGACCUCUGGCAGUGCCAGGACGACUGGCAGUGCGCGAUUUGCCUCGACGCCAUCACCAUCGCAGACUCCGCGGCGAUCCCGACGUGCGGGCACACGUACUGCGCCGCGUGCAUCGUCAACUGGGCGGCCAAGUCCCAGCCGCAGCGCGCCGCGCACGCCCGGCGCGGCCUCGCGGCGGGCGCGCUCGACGGGCUGCCUCCUGCGCUCUGCCCGCACUGCAAGGCGCCGUUCACGCGCCUCAUGGUCUACCGCUCUCUCGACGGGCCCCUGAGCGACUUCCCGCGCGAGGAGCACGUCGUGCUCCUCCAGCGCGCGCCCUGGGUCCGCGAGCGCCUCGGCGAGCGCGGCUGGCUCGACGAGGAGCGCGUGCACGGCGCGGACGACGCCGGCCACGGCGACCACUACGACGACUACGCGGGCGCGGAGUGGGACGACGAGGAGGACGACAUCCUGCUGGGCCGCACCCCGCACCGGCUCAUCCUGGGGAACAGACCGUUCGGCCGCAGCGGGUACGUGGCGAGCGGGCGCCUGCAGGGCCGCCCGCGGCCGCCGACGGGGAAGAAGCGCAGCCGGAAGCGCAAGGGCGCGCAGGGGGACGCCGCGCCGGAGCAGGCCGGGGGCGCGGCGGCGAGCAGCAGCGGGUGCGCGGCGCCUGCUGUGUGCGACGAGGCGUGA